GAAAGUUUGAAUCGGGAAAACGCUCGAUCAUUCUUCGUCGAUCUAUUCUAUACGCUCAUUAUCACAGCCUCUUCACGGCCUUCUUGUCCAGAUUCCAGAUCCUUUUCAUAAAUUUUCAAAUCAUCAGCGCAAUCGUCCUGCGAGCAAGCAGAUACCCUGUUUCUCUAACCCGCUUGACCAGCAACAAUUUUACCCCACCCGAGGCCGCUCAGCUUCCGAGUAUGCUUGGAGCGCAGUACUAGUUAAUAUCCGUGGGGUUGUGGAGAAAAAGAAAUUCGUACCCACCGGGACUGACUAACUCCCCGACAUAAAACCAAUGAAUCGAUACCUAUUCUUCCAUGUUUUCAUCUGGCACCAAUUUUCUUAUUCCGAGCAAGGCCCGGUUCACAUUCCUAUACACUAGUCCUUUUUGCAUUAAGAGCUUGCAGUCAUGGCGGCUCUCAAACAACUGAAUUUCAUCACAGGCAACAAGAACAAAUUGGCAGAAGUCAGAGCUAUCUUAGGCAGUGCAAUCCAGGUCGACAGCCAGGUGGUCGACGUGCCUGAAAUCCAGGGCACAAUCGAAGAGAUUGCCAAGGAGAAAUGUAGACGUGCUGCCGAAGCGGUUAGAGGUCCGGUUUUGACGGAGGAUACAGCUCUGGAAUUCCAUGCGCUGAAGGGUCUGCCAGGCCCCUAUAUCAAAUCCUUUCUUGAUACUUUGGGCCAUGAAGGAUUGAACAAAAUGCUUGACUCAUUUGAUACCAAGACAGCGGAGGCCGUCUGCACUUUCGCGUUCUCUGAAGGUCCUGGGUCGGAACCUGUUCUGUUUCAAGGUAGAACCGAGGGAGCUAUUGUCCGACCACGAGGUCCUACAAACUUCGGGUGGGACCCGAUCUUCGAGUAUCAAGGCAGAACGUAUGCCGAGAUGGACAAGGAUGAGAAGAAUCAAAUCUCCCACAGAUACAAAGCCCUGGUCAAAUUACAGGCCUGGUUAACUCAUAGUCAAUCAUGAUCUGAUUUUUCCAAGCUCCGACGAAGCCCAUUUGGAGCGAAGAUGAUCGACCUUAACACUCCAAAAAUAGUCAGUCUGCAUUUAAUGCCUGGCUAUCCUUCCAGGACGCUAUCCAUCCAGAAAUUCGUGCACAAUUAGAUUCUACAUCAUCAUCCUUUUCACUAUUUAGUUCAACCACAA